CUGACGGUUCCUGGCGGGUUCCUGACGGUUCCUGACGGUUCCUGGUGGGGCGGCGAGGAGGCGGACGUGGACCGGAACAAGUGCUGCACGCUGUGCAACAUGUCCUUCACCUCCGCCGUGGUGGCGCAGUCGCACUACCAGGGGAAGAUCCACGCCAAGAGGCUGAAGCUGCUCCUGGGGGAGCCGCCCGCCCUCAGAACCAAAGUAGAUACUCGUCUUUAA